UUAAAUAAGCCACACGCACACGCAAAGCGAAAUCAUCAUCCUCACACACCGUGUGCUACUCAGUGCGUUCGUUUCACAGUGCAAAAAAUGUUUUAAAAUUAAAAAACUAAAAAAAUAAAAAAUAAUAAAAAACAUGUGUUAUUCAAGUGUAAAAUCCCUGCUCGUAGGGCUGUUAAUCCUGGCGACGUUCGCGCACAGUGAUACAAUCACCACCUCCACGAGCGACCAGCAGCAGCAGCAGGGAGCGGAAAGUGCGCGCGGCGGCUGCGGCUCGUGUCAAAUGCGCGAAGAACUAAAAUCGCGCAACCUGGAGGCGAUCAAAGGCGAAGUCCUGCGCCGCAUGGGCUUCCAGACGGCGCCGAACAUCACCGGGCGGGUGCUGCCGCAGGUGCCGGCGCAUAUUCUCGCCAAAGUGGACGGCGCGAUGAUGAGUGGUGGUGCGGGGGCGUACAGUGGCAUGCAGAGCGAUGAGCCGCAAGACUUCGAAGGACCUACCAUCACCGAAGAGGAGGAUGACUUUCAUAUCAAGACCGAGACGGUGCUCACGUUCGCGCAGCCAUAUCCGCGGCUAAGACACACCUGGCGUAACCACGACAUCCUCCACUUCCAAUUCUCCGAAGCAAUCACCCGCUACGCGGUCCACAACGCCACCAUCUUCAUCUACGUCAAAGGCACCGGCGACCGCAAACCAUCCUCCACCACCUCCAACCCACCAAUGGUCCACCUCGAAGUCUACAAAGUAUACAAAGACUACGCAAAUGGCGAAACACCCGGCCUCACCAAGAUGGCCGCCAAAAAGGUACCGCAACCACGUGGCCGCGGCGACUGGCUCCAGCUGGACAUAACCCCACUCGUCGCCGAAUGGUUCCGAAGUCCACGUGAAAAUCUGGGUUUCGUCAUCAGCGGCACCAGCAAUGGUAAAAAAGUCGUGGUGACUAAUGCGACCGUUGAUAAUACCAGCACCAGCACGAAUAAGGUACCAUUCGUGGAAAUAACCACGCGAGAAGCCCGCCGCCGCACGCGCCGCAGCAUGUCCCUGAACUGCAACGACCACACCAACCAAUCCGUCUGCUGCCGCUAUCCGCUGACAGUGGACUUCGAGUCCUUCGGCUGGGACUUUGUCGUCGCGCCCAAGUCCUACGAGGCGCACUACUGCAGCGGCGACUGCCCGCCGAUGACGCUCCAGAAGCAGCCGCACUCACACGUGCUGUACAUGGCGUCGCCGGGGCGCAGCGGCGCCACCUGCUGCGUCCCGCGCAAGAUGAGCGCCAUCUCGAUGCUCUACUUCGACCAGGAGAUGAACAUCGUCUACGGCACGCUGCCGGGCAUGGUCGUCGACCGGUGCGGCUGUACGUAACCGCCACACGGCCGCCAACGCGUACUUACCGCCGCGCAGUGUGCAUGGAGUGUGUGGCUGUGUGUGAUAAACAUUAUCAUAUGAUGUAUUUCGUGUGUGUGUGUGUGGAUGAGGACAGCAACAAAUUUCGAUGUGCGCGGAUAUUUUUCUAGCAUUAUUUUUCUAUGGCCAUGUGUGUAGGAUCUCUCUCGGUGCCGCCGCCGCCGCCGCCGCCGCCCCCCAUGUUUGAAAGCAUUUACGCAUUAUUGUAGUAACGAUUAUUCUCAGUAUUUUUACGCAUUAUAACUAAUAUUUAGUUCGUAUCGACGCUGUUUCGGUACACACAACCUUUGUACAUACGAAUGAUGACUUUAUUUUGCUAUAAGAAUUAAAAUAAAUAUCAUUAAUUAUAAAUA